AUGGGUAAGAUGAACUUGAGUGUUCCCAACGCGUCUGCUCGUUAUCGCCGAGCUCCGGAGCCGCUGCCUCGUUCCGCUCCCCGUCAAGAUGCUCGUCCGGGUGCCAAUCCUCCAAGCUCUGGCUCGUCAAAAAGGGCUUCUCCUUCCUCUCGUCAGGUUGUGGACGACCCUUCGAGGAUGCGUCCAAGAUCCCUUCCUCCGAAUCGUCAUAUUGGUCCAGAGGAGACACUUCCAAGGAAGAAGGUGGUCGGGACUCCUGGUCGCGUCGCCGAGGUGGCGAAAGAUUCGCAGAAAAGGAAGGAUGGUCCCGAACAAGAGCAGUCUCCCCCAUCAAAGAAGUCUAAGUCGGUCGACUUCAGCUGGAAUUUUACGCAUUCCUCCGGGGCUCGUCCUUUUCCGGAUGACUCGCGGUCCUGCGCCGAGUUAUUUCGGAAGAUCCACUUUGGUGAAGGUCGUCUUCCUGCAGUUGAGAAGAUGAAAGAGGCCGACGCGGUUACCGACGUUGCUCAAGCGUCUUUUGAGUUUAUUGCGCGUAUCAAUCGUCUGGCUUCUCGCUACGAGCGCCGUGUUCGGAAAUUGGAAGGGGAGCGUUCUGGGGCGUCGAGUGAGAGGAUCGUGCGCCUCGAGGGACAAUUGGGGGAGGCGGUGCGGUCCAACCAGAGACUUAGCGACCUUGUGGCCAAACUCGAACAUCACCGGAGCGGGUUGAUCACAGAACGAGACUCCCUUACGACGAAGCUUGAGGAGGCUGAAGUUGCCUGUAACGGUCUGAAGCUCACCCUUAACUCGGAGACGAGGAGGCUUAGAGAUCGACGUGAUGAGUAUGGGCACCACGAGCGAAUCAACGCUUUCCACGAGGUGGCUGGUCGCGUGCAGAGACUCUUAUCGAAGCACAAAAGCUAUGCCGAAGCGGUGGAAGCGUCGCGGGAGAAGUUUCUUGAGUACAACCAAGCUGUUGGGAACGUCCAGAUGCUCGAAACGCUCGUUGCCGAGGGUCGGAUUUCUUUGCUCGAUGAGGGGAUUAAGGUCCGAGUUACGGCCGUGAUGGGCCAACUGAAGAGCGAGGUUGAAGAGGUCGAUCUGCCGGAUAUUACCGAAGCUGACUUCGACAUGUCUCAGAUCUUUGCCGGGCCUCUUCCCCCAAUUCCGACUUGGAUCGCUUCCCCAAUCAGCGAGAAUACCGAGGUCUGUAAUGACGAGGGUGGGAGUGACGGAUCGGAGAGUGGGGAGAUUGGGGGUGAAGAUCUGGACGAGCAGGAGAAGGUCGACGAUCGUCCUUCUGAUGGAGCUGAGGUGCAAGCUGACGACCACCCUUCUGAUGGAGCUGAGGAGCAAGCUGCCAAGGGACUUCCUCGUCCGUUAACUCCCGGGCAUGAGUCGCCGGUUGUUGGCUUAGUAUCGUGA